CGCAUUACUAAGGCGACGGGCUCGACGCCUCCCCGCUCCGGGAUGAAUUAGCGGCGGGUUCUGCUCGCAGCUUGUGACCCCCGCGGAGUCGCAGCCUCUUCCCCAGUGUCCCCGCGACGUCGCGCGUUUUUCCCCGGCGUGCCCCAGGCGCGCAGCCCGCCGUGUCAGAGUCAUGGUGUCAUGGAAGGGGCUUUAUUUUAUAGUCUUCCUGUUUGCGGGAAGCUUUUUUGGAAGCAUUUUUAUGCUGGGUCCCAUUAUUCCUUUGAUGUUUAUAAACCUGUCAUGGUAUCGCUGGAUCAGCAGCCGCCUUGUAGCUACGUGGCUCACACUUCCUGUGGCAUUGUUGGAGACCAUGUUUGGUGUAAAAGUGGUUAUAACAGGUGAUGCAUUUGUACCCGGAGAAAGGAGUGUCAUCAUCAUGAACCAUCGGACCAGGGUAGACUGGAUGUUCCUGUGGAACUGUCUGAUGAGAUACAGCUACCUCAGAUUGGAGAAAAUUUGCCUGAAAUCCAGUCUCAAAAGUGUUCCUGGGUUUGGCUGGGCCAUGCAAGCUGCUGCCUUUAUCUUCAUUCAUAGGAAGUGGAAGGAUGAUAAGAGCCAUUUUGAAGAUAUGAUUGAUUAUUUUUGUGACAUCCAUGAACCACUACAACUUCUCAUCUUUCCAGAAGGAACUGACCUCACAGAAAAUAACAAGGCUCGGAGUAAUGAUUUUGCUGAGAAGAAUGGGCUUCAAAAAUAUGAAUAUGUCUUACAUCCAAGAACUACUGGCUUUACUUUUGUGGUGGACCGUCUAAGAGAAGGUAAGAACCUCGAUGCUGUCCAUGACAUCACCGUGGCGUAUCCUUACAACAUUCCUCAAACUGAGAAGCACCUCCUCCGGGGAGACUUUCCCCGGGAGAUCCACUUCCAUGUCCAUAGGUAUCCAGUCGACACCCUUCCCACAUCCAAGGAGGACCUUCAGCUCUGGUGCCACAAGAGGUGGGAAGAAAAGGAAGAGAGACUGCGCUCCUUCUACCAAGGAGAAAAAGCCUUCCGCUUUCCUGGGCAGAGCACAGUUCCACCUUGUAAGUCUGAGCUCAGAGUCCUGGUGGUCAAGCUGCUGUCCAUACUCUACUGGACCCUGUUCUGCUCUGCAAUGUGCCUGCUUGUGUAUUGGUACAGCCCUGUCUGGUGGUAUUUCAUAAUCAGCAUUGUGUUUUUCGUGCUGCAGGAGAGAAUAUUUGGUGGACUGGAAUUCAUUGAACUUGCAUGUUACCGUUUUUUCCACAAGCACCCACAUUUAAAUUCAAAGAAAAACAAGUAAGAUGGUUGCAUUCACCAUGUGAAAGCCUAGGAGCAUUAUGGAAAUGUUGCAGCCUUUGUAAACCGAGAUGCAUUUUGUUUUGCAUGACUAUGUCAAAUGUUUCUUACUAUUAAUCAUUCUUUGUUACAGAUAUUUUACACUUAAUUUUGUGGGUAAAAUAUCGCUAUGGUUUCUUUAAAAUCUCUGAAUGUAAUUCCAAUGCUGCAUAUAUAGCAGGGUUUGAUCGCUGUGAAUAACUUGGGUCAGAAUAUUAAAAACAAUCAGCAAGCUGUUGAGACAAGAUGCAAGCUUUUCUGAAAGGGCCAGCCCGCAGGCAGCCUAGCACAUGAACAGAAAGGGCCAGCCCGCAGGCAGGCAGGCCAGCACAUGAACACGGGAGGCAGCUGUCGUCCAUCUGUCCGUCCGUCUGUCCCACCCCCCCAGCAGCGAGGCACUGUCUGUCUAUCCUUUCAUCCUUUUACAGCAGUCAAACCCCAAACCAGAAUUGUCUUGUCCUAAACUGAUGACCAUCACGGGGAGGCAGCCUUCCCGUUACAGUGUCUUAGCUGAGGAGCCUGCAGGAGACCCCUUCCUCACCUGGGAAUCACGCCGCACUCUGUCAGGGAGCUCAGGCUCUCCAUUUGGGUUCUAAAGGACAGAAAGUGACUCUGCUUGUUCUUCAGUACAUUCAGUCCUGAUCUCCUGCAGCUGUAACUUUAUCUUUAGUGUCAACUGACUCGUGUGAAGAUGUAUUAGAAGAACAUUCUGGCAUUUCAGACAGAAACGGUCUUAUGAAAUACUUCUUUAGAACUUACACAUACUGGAAGGCAGGUAUGUGCUCUGGGCAUGUAGGGUGUCCACCUUUUGCCAUUAGAGCUCUAACAAAAAUGCCCACGGACAGGAUGGUAUAUCCAAAGCCCCCAAGCCUUGAUCAACCAAAAUGCUAACCUAGAACGAGCCCUUUCCAUGAGAACAAGGACUCCCUCUCUAAUUCUCUUCAAUAGUAACAUUUGAACCCAUACUGACCAACUGUUUGCCAAAUACUCCUGUCAUCUGGAAGUCGUGAAAAGCCAGCAGACAAACAGCCACAGUGCCCUGGGGAAGAGGCAUGUGGCUGGCCAUUGUUCCCACUGACUGUCUGGUCCUGUCUUUGUCAUGUGAUUGGGGCAGAGAUGGGGACAGAGGCACAUAAAACUGUUUGGCUGCUAGCAAACAUGCCACCCUUCCCCACCCUCUGCUGGGCAGUUUCAACAGCGGCCACUGCCCUGUGUACUCAGAUGGGAUUCACCGUCCUGCUCCUUCUCUGAGAAAGCCCUGAUGGACAGAGCACCGUCAGUGUGUCUCGCCUAGUUUGGUUUUUGGAGUUUGUUUAUUAAAAUGUGGGAGUGUUAAGUGGUGCCUGUAGUGAAAACACCAGCCUGAUACUGCUCUGCCGAAGCUCACUGCCAGGAGCUUACUAGUUAGUGACUGUGAGUUAGUGACUGCUCACCUGCUCUCAGCACAGCUGUUUGACUUUACGGUUUUAGGUUAAAAACACACGGAAAAAGAACAUUUUUUUCUUUCCCUUAAUGGGAAAGACUUCUAAUUUCAAGCUUUUUUCUACAACUUCCAUGGAUCACAUUUAAACAUGGAAAUACCUAGCAAUCAAAAUUACUUUUGUUCUCCGGGUAAAAACUGUUCUCUAUGGCCACAGUACCCGGAAGCUCCCAGCAGUGGUGUCCAUCUCAUCGUGUGCCCUCAGACUCUUCACUUUUGUUCCCCCUUAAAAGGAAAGAACUCCCUCCUUUAGAUCAUAGAAAUCAUACCUCAAUCUUAUUUAUCUACCCCAAAUUCAAGAUUCUAAGUAUAGCACUAAAACUAGAGAAAUUGCUUUAAAUUUCUUCAAAAGGAAAAAGAAAAUCCCUUUUUAAAUAAAAGUUUUAAAAUUAUUUGUUCUUACAUAUUUAGCCAUGUUAAAACCUUUUAUUUAACAUAUAUAUGUUAAAUAUGUAUAGAUGUAUAUGUUAUAUGUAUAUAUAUAAAUAUAUAUGACAUAUACCUACACACACACACACAAACAUAUAUGAUUUUGAGCUUAGAACCGCUUUAAAUCCAUCCUUGAUGGUUGUCAGCCUUAGGAAUGUCCCUGCCUCACCCUCCACCCUUCAGCUAGAGCUCUUCGAUGCUGGCCGUCCUGCUAUAGCAGAGCUGCUCCCUUGUCCAUGAGCCUAAGGGACUGAAAUGCUCACAGCACUAGUUGGCUAGUUGACCCCAUUCUGAGAGAUUUUAAGUAGGUUAGUUGUGGGUUAUUUAUUAUGUAAACCGUUUCACUUUAAAAUAUAAACCAAUAAAGAGGGGAACCAGCUAGGUGACAAGUUGUCACUCUAGGUGUCUUUGAAACGAGCCCGAGGAAUCGGACAACACGAGGGAAGGCUGAAACAAACGAAAUGAGCUCACUUAGGAUUCAGUAAACCCUGCCUCUUUGCACAGGAGACAGUUAGCUUCUCCCACUCACGCAUUCUACGGUUGUCAGUCCAUGUGCAGACCAUGUGUUGUAGCCAAGCCCGAGGUCUGCGGACAAACAGAUUCCCAUUUCACCAGCUCUCAGGCUCUGGCCGGCAGAGAUGCUCUGGCACAGUCACGAUAGAGACUACUGGAGGGAUCCCGUUGGUGUUAAAUUGUUUACAUUUCUUUAUAUAAAAUAAUGUGCUUUCAGUGCCUUAGUUACGGGUCCCUUUCUUUUUCCUGUUCCAAGAAUUGUAUAGCGUGUUCUUAGAUAAAGUCUCUCCUUGUCACUCACUAGGAGGAAAAAUGGUGUCAAAACACUGGUCACUGGAAACAAAACACUAUGUUGCAACUUGAAGGGCGCUGGGCGGUGAGCUAGUGGCUGCUUAGGGCUCUUACACUGUAGAGGAUGAAACUGACUUGGCCACUCAAUGAACUUGAGAUAGAUGUGGCUCUCAAGGUGUCUUGUACCUACCUUAAGCUUUUAUUUCAGAGUCUUGGAUUUGGUAACUCACUUUUAAAAGAUCAUUAUGUGGGGAACACCAAGUUUUAAAAAAUAACUCACAGAAUGGCCUUAGCUUUCAGUGUCCACUGGAAUGUUUUCGAGUUUUAUCUGUAAUAUGCAUCCAGAAUAAAGUGGAGUGAAUUACAUUGUUCAAAA